AUGUCGAGACCACACCAUACUGCAGGUCUACCGUCAGUCGCCACCGCAGGUCCUUUGGAUGGCGAUGUCGUCUGUGCAGGAUGGGUGUUGAAGAAGAGGAGGAAGAAGAUGCAAGGCUUUGCUCGCCGUUACUUCAUCCUUCACCAGUCAGGCCUGCUGUCCUAUUCUUUUGAGCCGGGGCAGCAGACGCGCGACCAGAUCCAGCUGAAGCAGGCGGCCAUCUCGACAUCUCCCGGACGCAAGGACAUCCAUAUUGACUCAAAUAAUGCGACGUUCCACAUCAAGUGUCUCAGUCAGCCGGAUUUUCAUAUGUGGAUAGGUGCUUUCCGACAAUUCCUGCGCGAAGCACGCGAGACGCCAACAUUAGGCAGACGGUCUCCCCUCGCACGGCUGCACAGGACGGGGCAGUUCAAUCGCAGAACGGAGGUUCUUGUCGAAGAGAUGGGUAAUACCAUCAAUGAACUGCACGAAGCAUUCGCUGCGUGGUCAGGAGAAGAUGGGAGCAAUAGACGCGUCAGCUCUACCCGCUCGAAGGGGGAGAAGGACAAGAAGGAGCAUACUAACAAGGAUAAUCACACUGUCCUGGGAUUGUUCAAGAAAGUCUCACCGCAUCACCAUCACGAACAUAGGAUGAAAGGGACCGACACGCACGCGGCCGCACCGAGCUCCGCGUAUCAACGCAUACAAGACGCGUUAGACUCGCUCAAAUACCAGCACUCCGCGCUGGUCCGCACUCUGUCUUCGCCCAUCGAACCGCUCGCCUCGCACGUUGCCUCCCUCUCCAGCACUGCAGAGGAAGACCGUGGUACGCCAACUCCUACUAGCACUCACGGGAGGAAGCACUUGUCGGCAUUUAGCUCCGUUAGCGACGGUAGCGUCUGGUACGAUGCUCCAGAGGGCGAAGGCGCGGAGGAGUUCGUCUUCGAGGCUACACCCGGGGACGAGCCGGAGAGCAAUACCUUCGACCAGGAGACUGAGUACGCGUUGCGUGUGGAGGCGGAAUCAUCGUCAAAUACAGAUGUUGAGUCGGUCUUCGAUGAGGUGGAGGCGACCGAGCCCGAAUCUACCCCACCUAGCGAAAGCGAAGAACAAGUCGUCCGGCGGACUCAGUUACCAUCCCCUCCAGUGACAGAUGAAGGGAGUCUCUUCGCAGUCCUGAAGAAGAACGUCGGAAAGGAUUUGUCCCAGGUGGCUCUACCCAUGUCGUUCAAUGAGCCGCUGACUCUUUUGCAAAAGAUUGCUGAGGAGUCGGAAUACUACGAUAUCCUCACUCAGGCUGCGCAGACGGACAAUCCUAUAAAUCGCUUGUGUUACGUCGCGGCGUUUGCAGUCUCCACCUAUGCCAAUACGAAGUUCAGGACAGGUCGGAAAGGCUUCAACCCAAUGCUCGCGGAAACCUUCGAGGAUGUGAGAAUGAAGUUCAUUGCUGAGAAGGUCUCCCAUAAUCCUGUGAUUUUGGCCUACCAUGCAGAAGGAGAUAAUUGGGAGUUAUACGCCACAUCCAGUGGAAGGACUAAGUUCUGGGGAAAGAGCUUGGAAAUUGUGCCACAGGGUACGAUUCAUCUCAAGAUCGGAUCUGACCAUUUCCAAUGGAAGAGGCCGUCGUCCUUCGUGAGGAACUUAAUGAUGGGUUCCAAGUACCUGGAACAUUGCGGCAAGAUGGUCAUUGAGAACGUGACCAACGGCGCGCGUUGCGUUCUUGACUUCAAAGAGGGCGGCUACUGGGGUCCGACAAACAUCGUCGCAGGCACAGUACAUUCUGCGUCUGGGAGGACGGAGGCACAUCUCGAGGGCAAGUGGGAUGAGCAGAUGGCUCAGACGCUCGAUUCGUCUCAUCUCCGCGUCCUCUGGCGAACUACGCCGUUCCCGAAGAAUGCCCCAGAGUACUACGGCUUCACGUCGUUUGGCAUUACCUUGAACGAAGUCACGUCUAACCUGGAAGGACGACUGCCGCCAACCGACUCACGGCUUCGUACAGACGUGAGAGCUCUGGAGGAAGGCAAUCUAGAUCUGGCCGAACGCGAGAAGGUGCGGAUUGAGGAGAUGCAACGGGACAGACGGAGGAGAGGUGCGGAGCGGAAGCCCCGCUGGUUCAGACCGGAGGGGGACGAAUGGAUAUAUGUUGGAGGAUACUGGGAGCAGAGACUGCAAGGCUGGAAGGACAUCGAGAGACUCUGGUAG